AUGGAUAAGCCCGCAAGAGCCGCUCAACGGCAGAUUGACAGGGAGCUUAGGGAUGCAAAGAAGGCCCAAGAGCAAAAGGAAAAGGAAGAACGAGCUGCUGCGCGGCAGCAAUCGCGGUUGUGGGGGGUCCAGGUUGCCCGCGGGUCCGCCGCCGGGGGCGAUGGCUUAUCAAUGAAUGUGGUUGAAGCAGCUAGUGAUGCCUCCUUCGCGGAUAAUUCAGAAAGAAGAUCAACAGAAGGUUACAUCUUCAAACUUUUUGAAGGACCUGUUGAUUGGAAGUCAAAGAGGCAGAGAAUAAUAACAACUUCCACCACCGAAGCUGAACUACUAGCUAUAUCACAGGCAGGCAAAGAGUCAAUCUGGUGGAAACGAUUCUUUGAUCAUCUGGGAUUCGAUCCAGGGCACAAGAUCUCAAUUCAAUGCGACAAUCGACAAACAGUUGGCAUCCUUACUAAGGAAGAUCCUUCCAUCACAACCAAAUUACGCCACGUUGAUAUCUACGGCAACUGGUUGCGAGAACGGAUACAAUCCGGCGAUAUCUCGGUGCGAUGGACGCCUACAACCAGCAUGCCAGCGGACGGGUUGACCAAGCCAUUAUCACAACAGAAGCAGAGGGAAUUUAUCAAACAGAUAGGAUUAGUUGAUAUAACUGAUCUUGUCAAUAAAAUAACAAAAUAA